GACUCACCCUCGACCGAGUGCUGCUUCAGCCCAAGAUCCAAGAUGUUCAAAAAGCUCCUCAUCGCUGCUACUCUCGCCGCCACCGUUGCGGCCCACGCUACCUUCCAGGAGCUAUGGAUCAACGGCGUUGACCAGGGUUCCUCCUGUGUCCGGCUCCCACAGAGCAACUCGCCGGUUACCAGUGUCACCACCACUGAUAUUGCCUGCAAUGCCAGUCCUCACAGCAGCGAUGGUGUCUGCUCGGUCCUGCCCGGUGAUCAGGUCACUGUCGAAAUGCACCAGCAACCAAACGAUCGCUCAUGCGCGAACGAGGCUAUCGGUGGAGAUCACUAUGGCCCCAUCAACAUCUACAUGGCCAAGGUCGAUGACGCGACGACUGCGGUUGGCUCUGACGCGGCGUGGUUCAAGGUGUCCGAGAUGGGUCUCCCUUCAAGCAACCCUGACUACUGGGCCACUGAGGUAUUGAACGACAACUGUGGUCACUUCACCUUCACGGUUCCUUCCGACAUCGCGCCUGGUAACUACCUCAUCCGUGCCGAGGUCAUCGCUCUCCACGUCGCCAGCAGCGUUGGUGGUGCUCAGUUUUACAUGUCCUGCUACCAAGUCAGCGUCGGCGGUUCCGGCUCUGCCAGUCCCCCAACCGUCAGUUUCCCCGGCGCGUACAGCGCAGAGGACCCCGGCAUCCUCAUCAACAUCUACACCCAACUUAACAGCUACGAUAUCCCCGGACCGGCUCCCUACGGGACGACCUCGCCGACCGUCGCGGCUACUCCCUGGCCCACGACCGCUACGUGGAACACGGCUCUCCAGCCGUCCACCGUGCCUACUCAGGUUCCUGGGGGCGGUGCUGCCCCAACCUCUCCGGCGUCGCCGUCUAAGCCGUCCACCACGCCCGUCACCACUCCCGCCACCACGCCUGUCACGACGUCGAGGCCGUCCACUACGCCUGUGUCCGCACCCUCGCCUUCUCCGACCGGACAGACCGCUUCGCUCUACGGACAGUGUGGCGGUAUCGGCUGGACAGGCCCAACGGUCUGCGCAUCUGGAACCUGCGUGGCGACAAAUAGCUACUACUCUCAGUGCGUCCCGUCUUGAAGUGACCAAGAUGUCAGAGUAGGGAGGGCAAGGAAAAGCGUCCGUGCUGAGUCGAUAUACACUACGUUGUACGCAUUGCUGCAGGUGCACCAUGCUUUCUCAGGUCAUGAAUGGAAUGCGGGCAAGAC